CCUGAAAAUGCAUCAUCAAUAUAAAUUUUCAUCUGAACAUAUUCACCAUAAGAAGCAGGAGCAGCGGCGGCGGGAGCAGGAGCAGCGGCGGCGAUGGGUAUCGAUUUGAAAGCCGGUGGCAAGAGCAAGAAGACGAAGCGUACAGCUCCAAAAUCACAGGAUAUCUAUCUCAAGCUCAUUGUUAAGUUGUAUCGUUUCCUCGUACGAAGAACUGGUAGCAAGUUCAAUGCUGUUAUCUUAAAGAGGCUCUUUAUGAGCAAGAUUAACAAAGCCCCAAUUUCCCUGUCAAAAUUGGCCAAGUUCAUGACAGAUAAGGAGGGGAAAAUUGCUGUAGUGGUUGGAACCAUUACAAAUGAUAUUCGGUUAAGUGAAGAUGUGCCUGCUAUCAAGGUGACAGCUUUGAGGUUUACUGAAAGAGCUAGGGCUAGGAUUGAGAAGGCUGGUGGUGAAUGUUUGACAUUUGAUCAGCUUGCUUUAAGAGCCCCUCUUGGACAAAACACGGUGCUUUUGAGAGGUCCUAAGAACUCUCGCGAAGCGGUUAAGCAUUUUGGCAGGGCUCCUGGUGUGCCACACAGCCAUACCAAGCCUUAUGUGCGAUCGAAGGGAAGGAAGUUUGAGAAGGCUAGAGGAAGAAGGAAGAGCAGGGGUUUUAGAGUUUGAGUUGAUUGUUAUAAUUUCCAAAUUGGUUGUCUUUCUAUUGAGAGAAGGGUCAUCCUAUUAUUUUUGUUUGCUGUUCCUGUUUUGUUGGACAUAAUGGUUUGUUACUUCAAUAUUCUUCUUGAACAUUAUAAAAGGAUUGAAUUCUCAAGUGUUUUGGACAAUUUAUUGGUAUUUAUAGAGUUUUACUUGUUAUUAAU